AUGUUGAAAACAGACUGCGAUUACACUUGGUCGCAGUUUGGUGUUGUGUUUUGGCGUGUCAAUGGUCUGGUUGUUGCUGGUUGGGGAGUUGGUGGGAUUGAAGCUGAAGCCACAAUGCUUGGCCAGCCCAUGAGCAUGGUUCUUCCUGGUGUUGUUGGAUUUAAGCUGUCAGGAAAGCUAAGAAAUGGUGUCACAGCUACUAACUUGGUUUUCACAGUGACUCAGAUUCUAAGGAAGCAUGGGGUUGUUGGCAAGUUUGUUGAGUUCUAUGGUGAAGGCAUGAGGGAAUUGUCAUUAGCUGACCGUGCAACCAUUGCCAACAUGUCUCCUGAGUAUGGUGCCACCAUGGGAUUCUUUCCUGUGGAUCAUGUCACACUACAAUACCUAAGACUGACCGUGAGAAGUGAUGAAACUGUAUCUAUGAUCGAGUCGUACUUAAGGGCCAAUAAAAUGUUUGUUGACUACACUGAGCUCGAGGAAGUAGAACCCUGUGUAUCAGGGCCGAAGAGGCCACAUGAUCGUGUUCCUUUGAAAGAAAUGAAAUAUGAUUGGCAUUCAUGCUUGGACACUAGGGUGGGUUUUAAGGGUUUUGCAGUGCCAAAGGAAGCUCAGAGCAAGGUUGCAGACAAGUUUGAUUAUCUUGGGACUCGUGCACAACUUAGACACGGGGAUGUUGUCAUAGCAGCUAUUACAAGUUGCACAAAUACCUCAAACCCUAGUGUAAUGCUUGGAGCUGCACUGGUUGCAAAGAAAGCUUGUGAACUAGGCUUGGAGGUUAAACCAUGGAUUAGGACAAGUCUAGCUCCAGGAUCUGGUGUUGUCACAAAAUACCUACAAAAGAGUGGCUUGCAGAAGUAUUUGAAUCAGCUUGGGUUUCACAUUGUUGGGUAUGGAUGCACAACUUGCAUUGGCAACUCGGGAGAUAUUGAUGAAGCAGUAGCAGCAGCUAUUACAGAAAACGAUUUAGUGGCUGCUGCAGUGUUAUCCGGGAACAGGAAUUUCGAGGGUAGGGUGCAUCCAUUGACGAGGGCAAAUUAUUUGGCUUCCCCUCCGCUUGUGGUUGCAUAUGCCUUGCUGGAACAGUUGACAUUGACUUUGAAACCGAACCAAUUGGCGCUGUACUGUGUGAGAGAUGCUUACUGUCUGCUCAAUUUUGGAGAUAGCAUUACCACAGAUCACAUCUCUCCUGCCGGUAGCAUUCACAAAGACAGCCCUGCAGCUGCAUACCUUAUGGAGCGUGGGUUCGAUCGAAGAGACUUCAAUUCCUACGGCAGCCGACGUGGUUCGCCAAUAUUCGCAUCGUCAACAAGUUCCUAG